UGGGACACAUCGCCCGGGUGUGUCGGGCUCGACUCACCCGUCGACAAGCAUCAGAUGACCGACCCAGGAGCCCCAGGUCACAUGGCACCAUGCACCAAGGCAACUCGACGGAGAUCACGGACUACCAGGGAUUCCUGGCGUCACCCCCUUCUUCGAUGAUGUACUGAUCGCCGGGCCCACACCAGAGGAAUUUGAGGACCGCCUCCGCUCCGUCCUGCACCGUUUCCAGACGGCGGGCCUCAAGGUGAAGCGGGAAAAGUGUUUACUGGGAGUGCCGCAGGUGGACUUUCUGGGAUUUAAGGUGGACGCAGAAGGGGUCCAUCCAACCGGUGACAAGGUACGGGCCAUUUGUGAGGCCCCAGCGCCCAAGAGCAAGCCCGAACUUCAGUCAUUCUUGGGACUAUUGAACUUUUACCAUGCCUUUCUUCCGCAUAAGGCAGCGGUAGCGGAGCCCCUACACAGACUCCUAGAUAAAAGGGCCCCUUGGGUGUGGGGCCAGCGACAAAGGGCCGCAUUCCAGGCAGUCAAGGACUUGCUCGUCUCGAACUCGGUCUUGGCACACUUCGACGAGAGGCUGCCAGUGGUGCUGGCAUGCGACGCCUCUCCCUAUGGCAUCGGCGCUGUCCUGGGACACCAACUCCCAGAUGGAAGAGAGGUGCCGGUGGCAUACUUCUCCCAGACGCUUGCUGCAGCCGAACGAAACUACUCACAGAUUGACAAGGAGGGUCUGGCAAUCGUGAAGGGCGUAAAAAAAUUCCAUGAUUUCUUGUACGGGCGGCCCUUUACCAUAGUGACUGACCACAAGCCGUUGCUUGGCCUGUUUGCCCCCGAGAAGCAGACCCCCCAAGUGUUGUCUCCACGUGUCCUCAGGUGGUCAAUUUUCCUUGCCGGCUACCAGUAUGCACUAAUCCACCGCCCUGGGAAGGCGAUGGGCCACGCAGACGCCCUCAGCAGGCUACCACUACCAGAAACAGGCCCCGACCCAGCGCCUGCGCAAGAGGUUAUGACCCUGGAGCUGCUUCCCGACCGACCCAUUCAGGCACAAGAAGUUGCGCACCAUUCCACAAAAGAUAGGGUCAUCUCCCGGGUCCUGGACUGGGUGUGGCGAGGAUGGCCCAGCAGCAGCCCCGGGCCAGAAUUCGCUGGCUACACAAACCGCAAACAUGAACUGUCGGCCCACAAGGGGUGCUUGUUAUGGGGAAGCAGGGUUGUUGUUCCCCAGCCCCUCCGCAAAAGGGUCCUCACAGCCCUACACGAGACACACCCAGGGGUAGUGAGGAUGAAGGCCCUUGCCAGGAGUUAUGUGUGGUGGCCGGGGAUUGACAGAGAGAUAGAGGCCUGGGUCCAACACUGCCAGACCUGCCAAGAAUCCCGCCCGGAUCCCCCAAGGGCCCCAGUCCAGCCCUGGGAGUCUGCCCGACAUCCAUGGUCACGCUUGCACGUGGACUUCGCUGGACCCUUCCAGGGAAAAACAUUCUUCAUAGUGGUGGAUUCCUACACCAAAUGGCUGGAGGUCGCACUGGUACCGUCCACUUCUACGGCGGCAGCCAUCCGGGUACUACGUAAGCUUUUUGCAACCCACGGGCUCCCUGACACCCUCGUCUCGGACAAUGGAACCGCAUUCACGUCAGAGGAGUUCCAGACCUUCACAGCGCAGAACGCCAUCCGCCACAUCCGCUCAGCACCAUUCCACCCUGCCACCAAUGGCCAAGCGGAGCGCAUGGUGCGGACCACCAAGGACAGCCUCCGCCGCAUGACACAAGGGGACUGGGAAUACCGCCUUGCCGCAUUUCUUCUAGCACAGCACAGCACCCCAAGCACAACGACGGGCCGGAGCCCAGCUGAACUACUAAUGGGCCGGCGCCUUGCAACUAGACUGGACCGACUUCACCCCGACAGAGCUCAGGAUGAGGUAGUGGUGGGGAAAGGCAGGAACCCCCGGACAUUUGUGGCCCAGGACGCAGUGUACGCAAAGAAUUUUGGGGCAGGCCCAGCAUGGGUACCCGCCACAGUCACCAAGGUGACCGGUCCCGUGUCGUACGAGGUACUAACGGAAGGGGGGCAAUGUUGGCGCCGCCACUGCGACCAGCUACGGCGACGAUUCCCAGGAGGAACCCGGGAGGAGAGCGGGACAGAGGGGUCCCAAGGGGACAGCAGGGCAGUGAGGCCUGUAGAGCGAGAGGGGUGGGCAGGGGAAGCAGAAGCAGAAGCAGUAGGCACAGAGGGGCGCCCUGAGGCUGGAAGGACACCGGAACCAGAGCCACAACCUAGUGGUUCAGUGGCGCCAGACCAGACAGCCCCGGCACAGCCAGCAGCCUCGGAACACGAACCAGAACCAGAACCCCUGACCAAGGAACACCCCAGGCCACAACGCACACGGAGGCGGCCAGCAGACCUUGGGGACUACGAAUGCAACUUCCCGGGCAGGACUGGAACUUAGAGGGGAGGGGUGUUAUGUACUGAGCUGAAUCCUAGAACAAUAGGAUUCAGAAACAGCGGGAGCUACCCAAUCCAACUCCAGGUGGAAGUGAAUCCGCAACCUGAUUGGCCUGCCGGAGCAGCCAAUCAGGCGGCGGGCAGAAGUGAAUCUGCUACCUGAUUGGCCUGUAGGAGCAGCCAAUCAGGCUGCAGGCAGAAGUCAAUCCACAAUAUAAUUGGCCCACAGGUGUAGCCCUGAAGUAGCCAAUCACGCAAGGCCCAUUGUGUAAAUAAUGUAUAUAAGCAGAUGGUUUUGGGAAAAGAGCCAUUCUUCUUCUCCUCUUCUCCUUGAUGACUAUGAGCUGAAU